AUGCGAUGGCAUAGAAUCCGAAUCUCGAUUCGGACCCAACUCAUAGCGCUGGUGCUGUUUGUAGCACUAUUCUCGCUAUUUGUUCUGGCGGUUGUCACGGGUGUUUAUUUCACUUCUGUGUUUACUUCUGCCAGAGUGGAUAAAUUGCAAGUCGUGGCAGAACUUAAAGCUGCCCAGAUACAACAGAGUUUUAUUUACUACUACUACCAGAUCUACUUCUUGAGUACCAGAGAUACCCUUGAGAAUGCUUUGAGUUCGCGCAAGGUGGGAAAUAAUUCUAACUCGGUUAGUGAAGAGGCCAUCGAAACCAUGAAACAAUCUUUAGACGCAUCAGCUUCCUUCAAUGACGCAAGACUUUAUGAUCUUAAUUUGGAGCUUAUAGCCUCCGUGGCAAACAAAGAUGCCUCUGCAAACUGCUCACAAGACCUCCUGGACAAACUGUACGUUUUAAGUUAUAAGAACGUCAGCUCCAUCACAAAUCAGCUUGUCGAACAAGGAGGCUACGUUUCCGGUCCGCGCUCCGAAAAUGGACAAUACUUCAUGUCCUUGUCGCUCCCCGUGUACUCUAACAACUCCGUCUUGUUAGCCACGCCCAAUUUAAGUGGUUAUCUCAGCGUCGUGGUCAACGUGGACUCACUCGAAUCUGUCGGAACAAAUGUAUCAACAAACGACUAUUCUGCAAUUUAUUGCAUGAAAUCAGUCAACUCGCACACCAACAUGUCGGAAUCUAUUGGAUUCAAGUACAUGUUCAAGAACGAUUCAGAAACAUACAAUUUGAGCGAUUAUGCCCCGGCACAAGAUGUGUUCCGAGACGACCAGGACCAGGGCCAUUAUACCGACCUUAGAAAUCCAUUCGGAGAGCGAGUUUCCGUUGGAUAUGCCACGGCCGGUCUUGCGUUUGUUGACUGGGUCAUUUCGGUCGAACAGAGUCGAGGAAAGUUUAUGGAGCCAACCGUCAAGCUCACUAAACUGAUUGUUGGAGUUUGUAUCGGAAUAGCUGCAUUCAUGUGUUGUGUCACCUUCCCGCUUGCUCAUUACGGUGUGCGACCUAUUUUGAAGCUGCAGAAGGCUACCGAACAGGUUGCUGAAGGUCGUGGUCUGCGACACGUUCGUCGCCGAAAAAAGAGCUCUGCUCUGUUCCAUACCGACCGAAAAGAUAAAGACGAUCACGACGGUCCAGCCAGCGGGGCUUCCUACAAAAACAGACUGCAUUUGCUAGCAAAUAAUCUUCGACUCAAGUCCAAACGUGAAGCUGGCGAGUCUACACACGUCAAGACAGAGUCGAGCGAUACAAGCGAGGAGAAACCGUAUUCUCCUGUUGAGGAGAUCCAGAGGGACUCUCGUCGCACAGCCCACGAAAGUUUUGAUUCGCACGUGAGACCGCGCACCGGAGGCGACACGAUGCUUAGUCCGCACUCGAACGACACGUUCCCCGACUGGAUUGCCGAUAGAACGCCUCCAACACCUGCUAUUGUUCAAGGAAAAGGACUUUUUUAUGACGAAUUGAGCGAGCUUACAGAAGCAUUUAAUGUCAUGACAGAAGAGCUGGACCUGCAAUAUACACAUCUGGAGGAUCGUGUCCGUGCUCGUACCAAAGAGCUGGAGGUGGCCAAGGUUCAGGCCGAUGCUGCGAGACAACAGGCAGAAGACGCCAACGAGGCCAAAACUGUCUUUAUUGCUAACAUUUCUCACGAGCUGCGUACUCCUUUGAACGGAAUCCUGGGUAUGACGUCUGUUGCAAUGGCUGAACAGGAUACCCAGAAGAUCCAAUCGUCGCUGGAGUUAAUUUUCCGCAGUGGGGAGCUCUUAUUGCACAUUUUAACGCAACUAUUAACGUUCAGCAAGAACCAGUUGCAGAAAUCAAAGCUACAAAAACGAACAUUCCAAGUUUACGAGAUCGCUUCUCAAGCACAGUCCAUUUUCGGUAAAAGUGCCAAGGACCAGAACGUGAACCUGAAGAUUCUGACACGGCCUGACUUUUUGCGCAGACAGGUGUUCUAUUCGGACUCCAACCGGCUGAUCCAGGUGAUGAUGAAUCUUGUGAGCAACUCGCUCAAAUUUACGCCAGAAAAAGGAACGAUCACUCUCUUAAUGCGGAUUCUGGGCGAGUAUGACGAAGCACGGUCUCGAGACGCUAAUUUCGAGACGGUGUAUGUGAAAGGUAAUCCUACCUAUUCUUCAGCAGACAUCUCUGAGUCCGACACCAAGAGUGUUCACACGGUGGCUUCUUCGAACUACCGUGUUGCUCUUGCGGAUUCGUACAACCAUGGCACAGAGCUGCGUGCGAGCGUGGAGUCGCUGGUGUCUGGUGUCGAGAGCGACGUCCUUGCCGAGUUUGCCAAGAACAAUUCCAAGUACAUGGCCAUUUCCAAACCUGUCAAGUGGGUGUUUGAGCUGAGUAUCACCGAUACCGGUUCAGGAAUCGACAAGUCGUUGCAGGACAAGAUCUUUGACGCCUUUGUGCAAGGAGACCAGACGCUUUCUCGUUCUUACGGAGGAACAGGACUGGGACUGUCGAUUUGCAAGCAGUUUGCAAAGAUGAUGCAUGGAACUCUGACGUUGAAGUCUGAGGUUGGCAAGGGAUCCAAAUUCACGUUCACCAUUCCGCUUCCUCAGGUUGGCGAGUUCGAGCCAGAGGAGGACAAGAUCAAGAAGGUGAGCUUUGCUGACGAAGAAGCGUUCAAGAGUACCAACGAGAACGAGAUUUCGUACUUCCAGAAACCAGACCUGAUCACCAGAGCUUCCACGGGAACUGCGCACUCGAACCGGAAAUCGUCCACGAGUUCUGGCACGUCGUCCAACUCCUCAGGUGUGGCGUCGACCGGCUCCUGUUCGCUGCGGUUCCUGAUAGCCGAGGACAACCUGGUCAACCAGGAGGUGAUCAAACGGAUGUUGAGACUGGAAGGAAUUACAGACACCACACUAGCGUGCGAUGGAUCUGAAGCCAUUCUUCUGAUGAAGGAGGCCCAGGCCAACAACGAGACGUACGACCUGGUCUUUAUGGACGUCCAGAUGCCAAACAUCGACGGGCUCUCUGCCACGCGUGUGAUCAGAGACGAGCUCAAGUACACCGGGCCGAUAGUGGCUCUGACUGCGUUCGCUGACCAGAGCAACAAAGAAGACUGUCUCAACGCCGGGAUGUCUGGAUUCCUGUCCAAACCAAUCGGACGGGGUUUGUUGCGCCGGAUACUGCACGAGUUCUGUCCGUCGCUGUCGCCGCGUCCGGGAGCAGAGGAGUUUGGCGAGGCUGCCGGAACGUUUAAAAAGCCGUCGAGACAUAAUACCAUCGACGAGUAG